AUGAAAACCAUCUCUGCGACUGCAGCGCGCAAGCGCAUUGUGGUCGCCUGUGAUGGGACUUGGAAGGACAGCGACGGCGAAUACGAAAUCCCUUCAAACGUCACUAGGAUCUGCCGUUGCAUCAAACAGGAAGCCCGGGACGCAGAGACUGGGGAGGUCAUUCCACAGAUCAUAUACUAUCAGUCUGGGGUGGGAACGGAAAGCACAAUAUACAACAAAAUCGUGGGUGGAUCUACUGGUCUGGGCCUAGCUGAACAUAUUCGAGAAGCCUACAGCUUCAUCUGCAACAACUAUGAAACUGGGGACGAGAUCAUACUGAUUGGGUUUUCGCGUGGCGCAUUCACAGCUCGUUCUAUUGCUACACUAAUCGGAGCGAUCGGACUUCUGAAUCGGCAAGGCCUGAUAUAUUUCUACCAGAUAUUCCAGGACUGGCAACAUCAAAUGAAGCCCAACUGGAAGAGCUCAUAUCCAAAGGAGCCAUGGGAAAAUCGUCCACCCGUUCACAAGCCAGAAUAUGGUCGCAAGCUUCUUGAGCUGGAGUUGACCCGGCCAAAUAUACCAGUCAAAGCCAUAGGCGUAUGGGAUACUGUGGGCGCCCUUGGAAUCCCCAUGGUUGCAUUCUUACCGCAACCCAAAUCUAGCGAGUUUGCCUUUGUGGACACGAAGAUUGAGCCGCACAUCGAGCAUGCUUUCCAAGCUCUCGCCCUGGACGAACGGCGUCGCACAUUCCAACCAACGAUAUGGGAGAAGCCAGAAGGCCAGGAAUGGCCGCUGACGAUGAAACAGUGCUGGUUCCCUGGCGUGCAUUCUGAUGUAGGAGGCAGCUAUGCCGAUGCCGAUCUAGCCAACCUCACCCUGACGUGGAUGAUAUCGCAACUUGAACCAUUCCUCGCAUUCGACCACUCCUACAUCGUGCAACAGAACCGUCUGACAAUGGAGCGACACAUAGCGAAUGGACAUCCGAUGCGCAAAUGGGGACUCGGACGUAUCCAAGACUCGAUGACGCUGAUCUUCCGCCUUGCCGGUUCCGCCCGGCGGACCCCCCACGAAUACCAUGCUAUCGACCGUCUCACCUACAAAGCGCAGCGACGCCUUCUCAACACUCACGAAUAUGUCCACGCCUCCGUGCGCAUCCGCAUGGGCCUCAAGGGCUACGGCUACAAUGACAAGGGGCUCUAUGACUCCGAGGGCCUAGAGGGCUGGACUAUGCAUGGAACGGAAUCAGCAGGAGAGAGGGGCGAGCUUGGUGGCAUGAGAGACGUGAAAUGGGUCAAGAGGGAUCCCCAGCGGAGGAACGAUCCCCCACUCAUAAUGCCGGAGGAUGAGCUGGCCGAGCUGGAACACGAGAUCAUGAAGAGCUGGCCCGAUGUGGAGAGAGGCUUUGCCAGCAUUAGGCCGGGUACGCACCAUAUGAAAAUGCACAAGAGCUCGACGGAUCCGCUGGCAUUGUCGCCGGGGUACUCGGUCGUUAAUGGAAGGGACUAUGGAAUAGUUCGGGUGGUUGAGUUUGGAAAAGCGAAGAUAUCGCCCAGGAUGCAAACCCUGUGA